AUGUUCCAAUUCAUAAUCCAGGGCGCACGCCAGGUCCCAUUCCUCCAGUCUCUUAGCAUUUGUUUAAUCCUCUCUAUCAUCACCCAUUCGCGUGCAGCAAUUAUCAAUCAGACACUCGCAGAGAAUGGCAACAGGCCAUACCCAUUCUACCGGAUCGUGGCUUUAGCAAGCCUCGGCAAUGGUGUUUUGUUGGCCUCUUUUGAUGGGCGCCCAGAUGGAGGGGACGCUCCGUCGCCAAAUUCAAUCCUCCAACGCCGCAGUACAGACAAUGGCCUGACCUGGGGUAACCUGACCUAUAUCGCGCAAGGACGUCCUGGCUCUACAGGAGUUCAAAAGUACGGAUUCAGUGACCCAAGCUAUGUAAUCGACCGCACGGCAGGAAAACUGUUCAAUUUCCAUGUGUUCUCGAAGAACCAAGGUUUUGCUGGCAGCGUGCUGGGGAAUAAUGACACGAACUUGGCCGUUUUGAGCAACGAAGUGUCUGUGUCUACCGAUGGAGGACUUAGCUGGACGACUGACCCGGUCAACCAACCUUACCUGCCGCCUGUGGCAUCAAGUGAAAAGGGAGCGCUGCCCCUGAUUACAACCUCCACCAAGCCAAUCGGUAAUACAAUCAAUGGGAUAAAUAACGUAGGUGGGGUGAUGGGAACAUUCUCUGCUUCUGGUGAAGGUAUACAGCUCCAGUACGGACAAUAUGCUGGACGCCUCCUUCAACAGUUCCUCGGACGAAUCAUCCAGUCUGAUGGAUCGACCGCCUAUCAAGCAUACACUGUCUACAGCGAUGACAGCGGCAGCACGUGGCAGAUGGGCAUACCCGUGGGCACGGGUAUGGAUGAGAACAAAGUGGUCGAGUUGUCCAAUGGCACGGUCAUGCUCAAUUCACGACCGAGUGAUGGCAGUGGACAUCGCAAAAUCGCACUGUCCAACGAUGGAGGUGUUACCUAUUCGGCUCCAAGAACGGAGACUCAGCUACCGGACCCGGCAUGCAAUGGAGCGAUCACACGAAUGUACCCUGAUGCCGAACAAGGGUCAAAAUUGGCCAAGAUCUUGCUUUUCACCAACGCGAACAGCCAAACCUCCCGGGUGAACGGCACCGCACGUUAUUCGUGUGAUGACGGAAAUACCUGGUCUUCUGGCAAGGUGUUUAGCCCGGGAGCAACGAGCUAUUCUACCAUCACCGCUCUCGGUGACGAUAAGUUCGCAAUCUUCUAUGAAGGCCUUGACAAUCAAUUGAUAUUCCUUCAAGUUGACGCUGACUGGCUAGAGGUUUCAUGCUGA